AUGCUGGGCAGUGGAGGGUACGAUGCGGCGCUGGAUGCGUUCAUUCGCUCCUCUGUGGCGAUACAACCUCCUCUUGAGACGAAGACCCACAGAACUCCAGCAGAAGAGAGAGGAAGAGCGAAACUCGUGCGUGAAAAUGAAGAAUUGAAGCAAACGCUCCUCGACGCCAUGGUCGAACCUGUUCGCCAUCGGAAAUUACAUACAAGUAUGCACGACAGGAAAUGUCGGGAGAGUUCUUCGAAUUUAUCUCGAAAUGAGACACACGAAGCGCCAUCGAAGAUUGGGUCGCCAGGCAAAGGAAACAACACACAUAUGAAAACAUCCCAGCAUCAAACUAGCAGCGCAAGCGGGCAAGUCAAAAUUGCAAAGCGAGAAAGGUUGAGCGAGAAGGAGAACAUGAGGAAGGCUGAUUAUCAAGUCAACUACAAGUAUUUGAACGCCAAAGUUUUGAAACAGCUACACAAGACUGAACCACAGUUUGAAUCGAUAGAAGAAAUGCUGCCGAAGAGAAGAAUCACUCCUUCUCUGGAUUGGAUGGCUUUCACCCUCACAGAUUCGAUUCGAUGUCGCAUCAUGCGGGAUCAUUGUGAGAUUCCGGUUGUCUCCUCAGAUGGUUUCAUGCGGAAACAUAUUGAAAGCAUGAUGUAUGAUAUGCAAGUUGAAAACUGGCAGAUCUGCCAUCAGUUUCAGCAAAGCAGGUCGAAAGAUGUUGACAAGUGA